UGCCACAUGCCAAGCGUUUUUAAAUUUGAAAUAUUUUCAGUUGAGUUUAAUCGUGGAGUAGUGCGGUCGACGGGUCUCGUCGAUCAUCACGUUUGUGCCAUAAUAUAUAUUUCGGCAAACCAGUUUUAGAAGAAGCUACAAUGAAUCAAGAAACGGACCGUCUGUAUCCUAAUCCCAUGACGACUGAUUCAAAAGUUCAACCGGAAAUUCUGCCACUAUCAACGUCCGUGUUCACCGUUUCCUCGCCGAACGCCCCUAGACCGAUUCCUUUGCUGCUGGGUCCGGAUAAUACUGUAACAGUAUGUCCGUUUUGUAACAAUAACAUCAAGACUUCUGUGAGGUACAAAAGCACCACUCGCACGCACAUACUCGCCGUGCUAUGUUGUUUUGUGUGUUGUUGCUGUUGCAUUCCCUAUUGCAUGGACUCGGCAAAGAAUGCUGACCACUACUGCCCCAGUUGCAAGAACUACCUCGGAACUUACGAGAAGUAAAUCAUCGGAAGUCAACAUCAAGAAGAAAUGUGGGUGACAAUGAUGUUUUUUGUAUCAAUACUCAUUCUGCUUUUAUAUUUUAUGUUUAAACAUGAAAGACAUGUUACAAUUUAAAGACGCCUGUUAUGCCAUAAGAAAAACAAUUAGAUUUAUGUUCAAUUUGUGCUUUUAAUUACAUAAGACAUUUUCAUUAAAUAAGAUUUAUGUUCACUUUGUGCUUUUAAUUACUUAAGUCAUUUUUAUUAAAUAAUUGUACCAAGA